AUGCUCCGGAACCCUGCCCGGGACAUCUAUCCUUGCCGUCCUGGCCCCGCCGACCCAGCCAAGAUUUCUUCCCAGCCCCUGUCGUUUGGAUACCCCACCACAUCUGCAGAAAUGCUCAUCCUUGGCGCCAGCAAGAGUAUAUUGACCAUUGAGCCAUAA